GUUGAACGUUCAAUAGAGUCUGCGCCAACGACUUUCUUUAUCAGUCAGGUCAAUUUCACCAGUAUUUGCUCCAACAAUCAUCAUAACCCACUUGUAGAUUUUUGGUUUUUAAGGCAAAAUAAUCAGAAUCUGCGAUGGAAAAUCAUGACAGCCAUCACAGCCUUGUGACUGGACAUGCCAUUUACUGCUUCUCAUGGCUGCUUUCUGUUUCUCAUGACAACUAGGAAAUUUUAGUAGUUAAUUGUGUGUAGUGCUUAUGCAGCUAGUUGACGGGUCUUUCUCUCUCUUUCUUUGCUUUUUCGGCUAGCCCUUUUGUUUAAAUUAUUAGAUUAGCUUUACUUUUCUUCUUUCCGUGGAAAGACUUUGUUGUCCAGAGAAUCACUGUGCUUACUCUGGUGUGCUUUUAUGGGCUUACGGGCAUAAUUCACUCCUCUUAUUGUUCUUGUAUGAAAAUCAAUUCUGGGUGCUUAUCAGCGUUCUGUUCUGGUUUCAUUGGCGGGAAUUUUUCCUUUGUUAUCUUAUAUGAGAAAGAAGAAUUAUGUUCAUAGAUUCUCUGUAUUGCUCAGCAGUCAGCACCAUCAUCAUAUAAAGAUUCUCUUUACUUUGGCAACUUGGAUUUUGCUUGUAGUUGGGUUCACUUUGGAUGCCAUUCUGUUGGCUUUAGACCUCAAUUGUCCAUCUCUGGUAGUUCUAGCCAGUGUUUUUUGAAGGAAUUUUGAUGAUUUAAGAGAUAUUUGUGCAGAUAGGGAUUUAGUAGACCCUGCAUUCUUCUUUCUGAAUGGGGACUGAUGCAGUGGAGACGCUGCCAUAUUAUUAUACCUUUAAGGUGCAUCAUUCAAUGUGCAUGGAAUUAAUGAAAUUAGUUGAUAGAAUUGAAAAAGUAUUUCCAGAAGUUGAAGCAGCUCGGCCACGCUGUUCAUCAGGAAUUCAGUCACUAUGUUUAUUAAAUGGCACAAUUGAGAAAGCCAGGCAAAUUCUUUGGCACUGUUGUGAAUCUAGUAAGCUAUAUUUGGUAAUAACUGGGGAUGUGAUAGUCUCAAGAUGUCAAAGAUCAAGAAAAUACUUUGAACAAAGUUUAGGUCAAAUUCAAGCUAUGGUUCCAACUAUGUUAUCUGCUGAGAUUUCUCAAAUUAUUGAUGAUCUAAAUGCAGCAACAUUUACGUUGGACUCUUGUGAUGAAGUGGCUGGUAGGGCUGUACGCGAAUUGAUUCAGCAGGGCACUUCUGCAUCUGAUUCAGUGGAUGGUUCUGAAAUCAAAGCACUUCGAAUUGCAGCUUCAAGGCUUCAUAUUACAUCCCCAAAGGCCAUAUUAAUAGAGAAGAGAUCUAUUAAAAAGCUGUUAGAUAAAGUUGGAGACAAUGACCCUACCAAACGGAAAAUCUUAAGGUACCUUCUAUAUCUGCUGAAGAAAUACGGAAAUUUGAUUAUGGAAGAGCAAAUAGAGAAUCCCAAACCUCAGCAUGAAGGAUCGGUUGCACUUAUGGACUCUACCAGCACAUCUGUAAAUAAUCCAUCUGUUGCAAUAGAGUUUGAAUUAGGACUUAAGCAGUCUGGGGUUGCAACAGACAUUCUAACUGGAUGUACACCUCCUGAGGAAUUUAAAUGCCCCAUAUCUAUGAGAGUGAUGUAUGAUCCUGUUGUCAUUGCUUCUGGAGAAACAUUUGAAAGGAUGUGGAUACGGAAGUGGUUUAAUGAUGGUAACAUUACGUGUCCAAAAACAAAAGUGAAACUGCCCCAUCACUUGUUGACUCCAAACACAGCCAUGAAAGACCUGAUAUCAAAGUGGUGCGAAAGGUAUAGAAUCACAAUCUCUGACCCAAGUAUUCAAGAAUAUCAUACAUUGGACAUAUCGUCUACAUCCAUUGCUAGCUUAGGCAAUUCUAUGAAUGAUAUACAUCUUCCACUGGAUAUCAGCAAUAUGUCACUUGGGUCUUUAGAUGCUAGUUACAGUUCAGAUUCACGCAAUAAGGUUGCAGAUGGGUCUAGCUUGAUGUUGAUACGGGAAACUGAUGAUUGCCAUAGAUUCCAGUCUAAUGCUUGUGUACAUGAGACAGAUUCAGGGAAUUUAACUAGACUUUCUGAGCUUCAAUGGGACUCCCAAAGUAAAAUGGUUGAAUACGUAAAAAAGUAUUUGCAAUACAACGAUCAAGCUUAUCAUUCUUUGUCAUUUGAGAAUUUUGUUGGACCUCUCAUUAGAUAUUUGAGGGAUGCUCAUGACCAACAUGAUGUUAAAGCUCAAAAAGCUGGAUCUGAAUUGUUACUUGCUUUUGUGAGUAAAAACAGAAGUGGAAUGGCAUACUUGCAUGAAGAGGCAUUUAGUCUGUUGGUGUCUUUCCUUGAUUCUGAAGUAGUUGAAGAGGCUCUUGCCAUUCUGGAAGUGUUGUCCAGCCAUCCAUAUUGCAGAUCUAAAAUCACAGAAUCCGGUGCUCUUGUGCCUAUCCUAAAGAUCCUCGAACAGAUCAAAGACUUCCAGGAAAAAGCCAUUAAGAUUCUGCAUAAUUUGUCCUCAAACUCUGAUGUUUGCUCCCAAAUUGUCUAUUUGGAGUGCAUCCCAAAAUUAGUUCCUUUCAUAAAUGAUGGCAGUACUGCAAAAUAUUCUAUAGUUCUACUUAGAAAUUUGUGUGAUAUUGAAGAGGCGAGGAUUUCUGUCGCUGAAACAAAUGGAUGCAUUGCUUCCAUUUCUGAACUACUUGAGAGUGGAAGUCGUGAAGAACAGGAGCAUGCAGUGGUCAUACUUCUUUCUCUAUGCUCUCAGCGUGUUCAAUAUUGUAAGUUGGUCAUGGAUGAAGGUGUUAUUCCUUCCCUAGUUGAUAUAUCCAUCAAUGGGAAUGAGAAAGGGAAGGCAAUUGCUCUAGAAUUGCUUCGACAACUAAGGGACAUUGAAGUGGGCGAAAAGCAAGAACCCGCUGUACCUGAUCUUGGUGGCAGUAGAGGUGCAAACCAACAAUGUAAAGAAAAGAAAUCAUCUCAUAAGACAUCUGGUGGAAUUUUCAAGUUUUCGUUGUUUUCGAAGUUCAAAAGAUGACAAUAAGAUCUGUGUUUUUGCUUUAUUUCAACUCCGCGGUGACUCAGGAUCUUUUCUUGUCAAGCCAAAAAACUACACGUCUAUCCUGGAACAGCCAGGUGAAAUCUCUGUGACUCACUUUCUUUUUGUGGGCUAUGGUGCUUAUCUGGAAUGAGGCAGUGAUAUAUCAUAUUUGUAGCUGUAGAUGCAGUUGAAUUAGUAAGUAGGUGGUUGUUUUUCUCUAACACUGAUCUGUAACAUGUAGAAACUUUAGCUUUGAUAAUUCUUAUUCUUUCCAAGUAAUGCAUCUGCUGCUGCUAUGUAAUGUAGUUACAGAAUUGUAUAGUUAGUUAAGUUUGAUGUAUUAUUGGCAUUUCCAAGUUGAUAGUCGGGAAUUUGGCAUUCUUUUCUUUGUAAUCUGUAGUAGUAUUAUUAUUUUGUGAA